AUGAGGAUGAAGAUGAACUAUCAUGUCAUCUUCUUCAGUGUUGCCAUCCUCCUACACCUGAUAUAUUGCAAGGGGCAAUCCGAUCCAUGCCAGACUUCUGGCAGGUUCAAUUUCUUAGUCACAUUGCAUCGAGUUACAAGAUUCCAGCCCUGUGAUGCUGGAAACGGGAGCCGUGGCUGCGUGAGGAGGGCCGCCUUGGAUUGUGAAGGUGGGAAGGGUGAUGGAUUUUUGACUCUUCAGAUAUUAACUUUGUCGAGCCAAUCAGACCUGUGGCUGGGCUUGCAGGCUGACUGCGAGCUCCGGUGCCUCACCAACUGCUCAUGCCUCGCAUACGGCCUGGCUGGCUGCAGGUUCUAUACACACCCGUUUAUCGACCUUGUCAAAUUCUCAAGUGGCUCCAAUGUCAAUAUUCGAGUUUCUAAAUCUGUGCUAGAGAGGAAACAGGACUCCAAGAAGAUCAUAGCAAUAGUCGUUGUUGUUGUUGGAUUUGUUGUCAUAUGCAGUUGCACAUAUUUUUGUUGGAAAUGGAUGGACAAGGGAAGAGGCAAAAGGGAAAGCAUUCAACUUGGAGAAAUUAAUAGGAGUUUUGAAGAUGAAUUAAGUGAGGGUAAUCUUGAAGAGUUACCUUUGUUUAAGAUGGAGAUGCUAGCAAAUGCCACCAGCAAUUUCUCCGAAGCUAACAAGCUAGGGAGGGGUGGUUUUGGCCCUGUUUAUAAGGGAGAGAUGGUGGAUGGUACAAAAAUCGCGGUGAAGAUGCUGUCGCAGGCAUCUCGACAGGGGAUGAAAGAGUUUGUGAAUGAAGUGGUGCUCAUCUCCAAACUUCAGCACAGAAAUCUUGUUAGGCUACUUGGGUGGUGUGUGGAGAGCAAGCAUACAAUUGUGGAUUUAUGUCCAGAUUCAUCCCAAGAUAUCCUUGAUUGGAGCAAGCGUUUCAACAUCAUAUGUGGUGUAUCUCGAGGCAUGCUCUAUCUUCACAGAGAUUCGAGACUGAAGAUAAUCCAUUGCGACCUCAAACCGAGCAACAUAUUGUUGGAUGAUGACUGGAACCCCGAGAUAUCAGACUUUGGCAUAGGAAGAAUAUUAGGAAGCACACAGGAUCAUGUCCAGACUUGGUGGAAUCUGGGCAGAAUUGAGAGUUUGAUAGAUAGGAGAGUGUGGAGUGUGAGAGAGAAGGGGGAGGCGAUGAGGUGCGUUCAAGAGCUGCCUGAAGAUAGGCCAUCUACUUCGGCUGUGGAGUCGAUGCUAAGCACUGAGAUUGUAAAGCUUCCCGAGCCAAAGCAACCCGCGUUUGUUGUCAAGUCGAGCUUUUGUGAGACGGGGACGACUUACAACCGUCACCCUGAUUUGUCUCGCAAUAGUGUCUCUCUAACCGUAGUUGUUGGUCGUUGA